AUGAAAUCUUUGAUGGCUAGUGAUAUUUUAAUGCAGUAUCCCAAUCACAACAAGCCCUUUGAACCCUACACUGAUGCUUUGGCCUAUCAAAUGGGAACCGUGAUCAUGCAAGACAAAAAGCCAGUGGCGUACUGGAGUCGCAAACUCAAUGAUGCUCAAAAGAAUUAUUCUGUCAUGGAAAAAGAAAUGUUGGGUAUUGUGCAUUGCUUGAAAGAGUUUCGCUCAAUGCUUUAUGGUACGCAAUUGACUAUUUUUACAGAUCACAAAAAUUUCACUUUCCGCAUGAUGAAUACACAACGCGUUUUAUGCUGGCAAAUGUACAUGGGAGAAUUUUCGCCUACGUUUAACUAUUUGCCUGGUAAAGAUAAUGUUUUGGCCAACUGUUCCUUGCAUUUACCGCAAAUGGAGAAACUGUCUGAGGGGAAGAGUUCGUUUUCUAAAGGUAAAUUGAUCGCAUUUGACAAACUCAAUGUCAAAAUGGAUCCUGAGGAUGAAAUGUAUUCUUUCGAAGAAGAAGUUCUUCUUCCUCCUCCAACUGAAGCGGAAUUCAAUCGUACCUUCAAAUGUCCUUUCUCCUGUUGCCAAGAUGGUGACCAUGGACAUGGUGCAAUUGAAAAUGAUGAGAUGCUUGAAUCAUUUUUGAAUCAUCCUCCAUUGGAAGUUAUGCCAAAUCCAAUCACCAUGGCAAACAUUCAACAACAUCAGCUCCAGGAUGUUGCCCUCAUUCAAAAAUCGCAAGAUGCAGCAACUUGGGCUCAAUAUCCCAUCAUGCAAAUUGACAAUCGGAAUGUGAUCUGCUACUGUGCAAAUUUGAAUAAACCUAACAAAUGGAGAAUUCACUUGCCUGAAACUUUUGUUGCUCCAGUGAUUGUAUGGUAUCAGUUGGUACUUGGACAUCGAGGUACUACCUCUUUGUACAAUAAAAUCGUCCGACAGUUCUAUGCUCCUGCUUUGAAAAGAAAAGUUGAAUCCCUCAGAUGUGAAGUUUGCCAAGUGAAUAAAAAUGUGAACAUUCAAUUCAGACAUCUGCCUGAAAGACAUGCAGAUUUAGUCCUGUGGUUUUCUGUGGCUGUGGAUUUAAUUGGACCUUGGAAAAUCAAGGUCAUUGGUAUAGACAUUGAAUUCAAUGCGCUCACUUGUAUUUAUCCUGUGACAAAUCUCACUGAACUUUCACACAUUGAGAACAAAACUUCAGCCCACAUCACAAAUGUCUUCGAGAAUCUAUGGCUUUCUCGAUAUCCAAAACCCUACAAGUGCACUCACGAUCAAAGCGGCAAAUCCAUUGGUCACAACUUUCAGUUGAAACUACAGCAGUGGGGAAUUCACGAUGCAUUGGCGACAAGCAAGAAUCCAACUGCCAAUGCUAUCUGUGAACGUAUGCAUCAAACUGUUGGCAACAUCCUACGAACAAGAUUCAACAACAAUGACAUGGCCCCAAGCAUUCAGACAGCUAAUCAAGCCGUCGAUGAUGCUCUCGCAGCAUGCAAUCAUGCCAUGAGAUGUGGUGUUUCUCAAUCUUUGAAAAAAAAACACUCCAUGUGA